GGCGACGCCUUCAAGCUCGUGGGCGACGAGGUGGAGCUGGGCUCUCGCGCGCGGGCACCUCCCGUGCAAGUGUGCUGGGGCGACAUCACCAGAUGGAAGGAGGUCGUGCUCGGGCGCUGGAAGGAGCAGGAGCACAUCAACCUGCGCGAAGUGCGGACGGGCGUGGCCGCAGCGAGGCACCUCGCCCGCAGUCGCUCAAACUGGGGGAGGAGGCACAUGGUGAUCACCGACUCCAUGGUCUACCUCGGCGGCUUCGGCCAGGGCAAGUACGUCAUUCGGCCGAUCAUGUUUCUCUGCAGGAGACUGUCCGCCCUCGACAUCGGGAGCGGCAGGUGCGAGUCUUGGCGCCGGGUACCUUCGGAUCGGAGCUACAGCGACGGUCCGAGCCGAGAGCCCCCGAUCGGACAGGCCCCCGAGGAGUGGCGGACGGAUGAGCAGGUGUUGCCGGAGAAGGUAGCCUGGAUGAUCGAGGACUGGCUGCUCGGGAUCGCGGCAGCGAGGGGCUACCUGCUGAUCUGCCACAAUGUGGACGUCGGCUUCGGGGCGGAGUUCGACCUGACGGACGAGGUCAACAUGGGCGCCAUGCGAGCCAUGCAGGAGCGACAGGAGGUCGACCUCACCGAGAAGGUCGUGGAGCAGCUGAUCGCGGAGACCUUGGGGCGCAAGCCCCGGGACGAGUCGCCGCGGGAGGUCCUGCCAUCGGCGUUCGUCGAGGCGCCGGGUGGAGCGGGCGAGAACUACGCGGAGCGCUCUUACGACUUGGGCAGGUCUACUCCGAAGGGGGACAUGCACGGGCUGACUAUGAUGCCAAUUUCCGUCUUCACAAAGACGGUGUUGGGAUGCUCCACGCCGAACGUCCGCCGCUUCCCGGAGUCCGCUCGGAAGCUGAACUUUCCCAUGAGGAGACGAGAGGAGAUCGACGACUCGGUCGAAGACGAGGAGGUGGGCCCCCGCCGGGGAGACCUAAGGGUGCACGGGCUGGCCUACGCGUGGACGGAACUGUCGACGGGCCGGCCUAGAUCCCAUCGCGCUCUCCGAGCGGGGCAUCGUCUGCAUGUGGUAGGUGAGGACGGACUUCAGCCGCUAGAGUGGCGGGCGGCAAUGGUGGACGAAGCCAUGGGGCUGGCCGGCAGCAGCAAGGCCGCCAACGCUGCGGAGCUUGCCCUCGACGCCUACCUCAGGUCGGCUGAGCGGUUCGGCCCUCGCGCGCCCAACAUCGCGAUCGACGUGGUCAGCUGCUCGGUGGCCGCCCACCGCUGCGCUCGGCGGCGCGCCUGUGACUGCGUCGACAUGGCCAGCGGCCCUCCGCAUGCGGCUCGGCACUCCGGCCCGAGCUACGACGCUGUGACGGGCUACCGGAGUGCGUGGGCCAUCCAGCGGCGGCGCCGCUGGGCCUCCGAGAAGAGUGUGCUGCGCUACAUGAAGGCCCGUGCCUUGGUGGCACCCCGCGCCUCUCUGGCGUCCGUGGAGCUGGAGCGAGGCGCGGAGCGGCUCAAGGAGUGA